AUGCCGCUGCACAGACUUCCUGGCUGGCUGAAUGCUGUGGCCUGUGGACUCCUGAUUAUUCUCCUCCAUGUGCAGGGUCAGGACUCACCAGAGGCCAACCCCAUCAGAAACACACAUGCAGGAAAAGUCAGAGGCAGCCUUGUCCAUGUGAGGGGCACCAAGGUUGGUGUCCACAGAUUCCUGGGAAUUCCCUUUGCCAAGCCACCAGUAGGACCACUGCGCUUUGCACCCCCUGAAGCCCCUGAACCGUGGAGUGGUGUGAGAGAUGGGGCCUCACAACCGGCCAUGUGUCUACAAAAUGAUGAUAUAAUGAAUUUAGAGGGUCUGAAGAGGAUAAAGCUGAUCAUGCCUCCCAUCUCUAUGUCUGAGGACUGCCUGUAUCUCAACGUCUACACACCAGCGCAUGCCCAUGAGGGCUCUAACCUGCCUGUGAUGGUGUGGAUCCAUGGUGGUUCACUGAUUAUAGGCAUGGCUUCCUGGUAUGAUGGAUCCAAGCUGGCAGCCACUGAGGAUGUGGUGGUUGUUAAUAUCCAGUACCGUCUGGGUGUCCUAGGCUUUUUCAGCACUGGAGACCAGCACGCCAGAGGCAACUGGGGCUUCUUAGACCAAGUGGCCGCCCUACGCUGGGUCCAGCAGAACAUCGCCCACUUUGGAGGCAACCCUGACCUUGUCACCAUCUUUGGCGAGUCUGCAGGUGGCACAAGUGUGUCUUUCCAUGUUGUGUCCGCCAUGUCCCGAGGACUCUUCCACAGAGCCAUCAUGCAGAGCGGGGUGGCCCUGCUGCCUCUCCUUAUCUCUAACACUUCUGAGAUUGUCUCCACGAUGGUGGCAAAGCUAUCUGGUUGUGCAACUUCAAACUCAAAGGCCCUGGUGCACUGUCUUCGAGACAAAAGUAAAGCAGAAAUUCUGGCAAUUAACAAGGCCUUCAGGAUCAUCCCUGCUGUGGUGGAUGGAGAGUUCCUACCCAAGCAUCCUCAGGAACUGUUGGCCUCUGCUGAUUUUCGCCCUGUCCCCAGCAUUAUUGGUGUCAACAAUGAUGAGUAUGGCUGGAUUCUCCCACUGGUCUUCAACACUUAUCAGACAUUAAAGAAAAUAACCAGAGGUACCCUGCGGGCUAUUCUGAAGAACACAGUAGCAGAACAGUUGAUGCUGCCUCCUGAGUGUAGCGACCUGAUAAUGGAGGAGUACAUGGGGGACACUGAGGACCCACAGACCCUCCAAAUACAAUACACGGAGAUGAUGGGAGACUUCAUGUUUGUGGUCCCUGCACUCCAAGUAGCACAUUUUCAGCGUGAGUACAUCUCUGUCUACUUCUAUGAGUUCCAGCACCGGCCCAACUUUUUCAAGGACUUCAAACCACGGCAUGUAAAGGCUGACCAUGGUGAUGAGGUUUUCCUUAUCUUUGGAUCAUUCUUCUGGGGUGUCAAAAUUGACCUCACCGUAAAGGAGAAGCUGCUGAGCAGGAGAAUGAUGAAGUACUGGGCCAAUUUUGCACGAUACGGGAACCCCAACAGUGAGGGUCUACCCUACUGGCCAGUGUCAGACCAAAGUGAGCAGUACCUGCAGCUGGACCUCCAGCCUGCUGUGGGCCAUGCCCUGAAGGCCAGAAGGCAACAGUUCUGGACCAAGACUCUGCCCCCAGAAGAUUCAGGAGCUAAAAGGGGCUCAUGGUAA